CUUUAAAAUGAAAUUUAAUGAACUUGAAAAGGGUUAUCUUGCCGUUUUUUUUUCACGAGUGAACACGUCACGGGUAUUCCCUUCUACUUGUUAUUGAUAACGAAACAAAGUAAACACAAUAUCCCCAGUUACCUUGUAGUAUUUCGGAGUUAAAACGCUAAAAAUAAGACAUUUAAAAUAUCUGAUGCGCUGUAAGGGCGUUUGUCCUGAAGACUAAGAAAGAAAUGAAAAAUGUUUCAGUUUCGAGGUACAGGUAUUUUCUCAUGGAUCCUUGUCGUGUAUACGUGUAUUUCAAAGGUUUGUAAUUCUUCUGCCUUGAAAUGCUACGCUUCCCAGCCGACCGAAACUGAGGUCCAGAAAUGUCCUUUGACUCCGAAAGAACUUGAAGAAGCUACACAGCGAAAAAACUGUGAGAUCAUUGCGCUUUCCCAAAAUUGUACGAAGCCAGAACAUUUUAAGUAUCACUGUGUACUCAGUAUUAACAGACGAUCUUUGAUGGAAGUUUGUGCACCAUUCAUUUUUUCCCAGGAAUAUUGUGUUGGCUUUGACACGCUAGGACUACAAAUUCAGCAGAUAUUUGAUAGUUCUUGUACGAAAUUUCCAGACCCUUGUCCUAUUGGAUUUGCUUCUUGGAACUCAUCAGCUUUUUCAGGCUGCUAUGAACUCAUAGAGCACCGGCAGAGGAAAUCCAAUUCAGGAGGAAGUGACAUAAAUACAGUGUGGUUUGUUGUCGUGCCUAUUGUAACCUUUGUGGUUGGCCUAAUAAUGACAGUGGUGACGCAAAAAUUGUGCAGAAGACUACAAGAUUUCAAAAUAAGAAAAGGAAAAAAUACUGAAAAUCAGAAUGAAAAUGAAAAUUCCCAGGCCUUACUAAGUGGCACAAACGAGGAAACAGAUAUUUCUCUCACAGGAUAUGACGCUACAGGAUUUGAUAAGGAGAGCUUUGAUAAAGUUAUCAACGACUUUCAUUUAACGAGCGUUGAGGAAUUAUUUAAACAAAACCAUAUUGACUGUGUUGUUACCUUCCUUAAUUUGGAUAAUGACAAACUGCAGAAUCUUGGAUUAGAAAUAGGACAGCAGGAAAAAUGUAAAAACGCUAUUCGAAGAAUACAGUGUGCUGCUUGCAACAAAAUGAGACGCCAAAAGGGAGACAGUCAGACCAGCAUGUCCAAUAGCGAAAGAUCCGAGUCCAGAGACCAAUUUCCGUCAGCACAAUCUGUCCCUACAUCUACAGGGAAAAAGAAAAGGCCUUCUCAUAAAAGAACAUUAUCUUAUCCUACCUGAAACGUUUACACUGAUUAGAUAAACAAAUAAAAUUAAAACUGGAAUAUAAUUAUAUGGUUUCUUUACAUUUCGAGUAUUUAUUAUUUUAGUAAAACA